AUGGCUACAAACGGGAACAAUGGAGCCGAUAGAGGCAAUACUGCCAUUGACCCCGAGAAAUUCAAGAGGCUCUUCUUCACACCCGUGGUUCCCUUCCUGCAUGAUGAUCCUUACACAAUAGACUAUGACGGGUAUCGAAGCUUUAUCCGUCGCUUCAUGCAGGAUGAGUACCUGGAACAGGGGAUCGCCAUCAUUGCCAACCCGGAAGCAGGGGAGCUCUUCACUCUCGAGCGGGAUGAGCGAAACAAAGUACUUCAGAUAUGUGUCGAAGAAGCCGCUGGAAGAUGCCCAGUCAUGGCUGGUGUAGUUCAUGUUCAUACCAAGGGCUAUAUUGAGACAGCCAAAGACGCCCAGGCGCUUGGCGCCGACGGCCUGUUCAUCUUCCCUCCGAUUGGUGCCGGUGACAUCGUCGCCAUCUGGGACUCAGACAAAUACCCGGAAAUUUUCAGCGAUAUCAUCAAGGACGUCUCGGCCGCCGUGCCCCUGCCAAUCAUCAUCCACCCCGUUGGCCGGUACUCAAUCCCUUUCGGCCAGGGCCUACCCAUCAAGACCACCAAGGCCAUCCUGGACGCGUGCCCAAACAUUGUUGGCUGGAAGAUGACGUACAACUUUGACGGCUACCGCAAGAUCGCCCGCUUCUUGCAAGGUUACUCGAGACCCGUCAACAUCCUGGCUGCUGUCGGGCACUACAUGCAUGAGAAUCAUGCCGACAGGAUGUUUGAUGGCACGUCGUCUGGUGCCUGGAACUAUGCGCUUGAGCCUAUGAUGGAGCAUCUCAAGGCUUGGCGGAAGGGGGACUGGAAGGCGGCGACUGAUCUAUGGGAGGAUGGGGGCCUUGCCGAACUUCAGCAGUGCAUCUUUGACGAUAUCGGCCGCCUUCAUGUUCGUUACAAGACAGCGGUUUGGCUCCGUGGCCUCAUCAAGACGCCUGUGAUGCGGCCCCCGAUGCCAAAGCCUCGACUGGUCGAGAUCGAGGAGAUUGCGCAGGCAUUAGUCACAGCGAACCUCCAGAUCAUCCCCGAGGCUGAGAUAAAAGCGACAAUGAAGUCUCUCGACCUUGUGCUGUAG